CUUAUUCUUCUCCCCUCCUCUCAAAGCCUGCGGCAAACUUAGCGACCCCUGUCUCUGCUUCCAUCUCCUUCUUUGCUCAGGAUGGAUUCACAAAUUAAGCAUGCUGUUGUGGUGAAAGUUAUGGGUAGGACUGGAUCCAGAGGACAGGUGACUCAAGUUAGGGUUAAGUUUCUUGAUGAUCAGAAUCGAUUCAUUAUGAGGAAUGUGAAGGGACCUGUUAGAGAAGGUGAUGUGCUUACCCUUCUCGAGUCUGAGAGGGAAGCUAGGAGACUCCGUUGAUUGCUCUGCUCUUGCUUGCAUAAUCAGUCUAGAGAAAUUGGCGUUGUUUGUCAUUAGCUUUUCUUCAUAUGGUUUAUAUCAGGACUUGAGUUCUGAUUUAUGGCUUGUAAUGUGACUAAUUAACAAAAUUUUGAAGUAUGAGAAAAACCUAAAGCUUGGUUUGCAUUAAAA